UGUGGGGCUCUGACUUCCGGAGAAGAGAGGUCGAAGUGAGAGCGGCUCCACGCCCCUGGCCAGUGGCCUCUUGACGCCACCCUCUGUAAGUUGGGCGAGCGCAAAGCUGCAGCCACAAAGGAAGAUUCCUGGCGUGGGCCCCUCACUUCCCCUCCCGAGCCCGCCCACCGCUGCCCUCCUCUUCCUCGGAACUUCCUCCUUGCCGCUUUCCUUCGCUCUUCCCUCUUUUUUCCUUCUUGCUUCCCAGAGCUCCCAUCCCUGACCGGGUAAACAUCCCUACCCCCUUGUGGGUAGUGGGUAUUUAUAGAAACAGAUAUGUGUUAGGGGACAGCCGGCCGUCCAGCCCGGAAAAUCAAUCCCCCAAAGAGCCUCUCAGGCCUCUCCAGCCAGCAGGGAGCGCUGCCAAUUGUACCCCGCGUGUGUAAGCAUGUUUUAUGAGUGCUACAGGUUUGAGCGCAGCAGAAAUUGUAAUUAACAGUAACGAAAAUAAGAGCAGCAGCAGCAGUCAAAACAAAACAAACCACCCCUUUAGGAUUCUGCAGUUGGGCACUAUUCUAAAGGAAAGAGUCAGCUUUGCUUUGGAGAUGGGAAGGGAAGGGCACCUGAUAGGUGCUGUGGGUCCCUAAGGGGGCCAGAGGGAAGGGAGAGCUCAGCAUGGAACUGGUGGCUGCAGAGAUUGGCAAACUGGAUUUGACUUCAGCAUGUACCUUUUCUCAGCUCCCAGGGACUGCCCAUGGAUGGUGACUGCCAGCCGAGAGGAGGCCUGCGCUUGGAGGAGAUUGGCGGCAGUAAGCACACAAUGAAUGAUCACCUGCAUGUGAGCAGCCACAGCCACGGACAGAUCCAGGUUCAGCAGCUGUUUGAGGAUAACAGUAACAAACGGACAGUGCUCACGACACAACCAAAUGGGCUUACAGUGGGUAAAACGGGAUUGCCAGUGGUGCCAGAGCGGCAGCUGGAGAACAUUCAUAGACGGCAGGGGAGCUCUACCUCUCUGAAGUCUAUGGAAGGCUUGGGGAAGGUGAAAGCCACCCCCAUGACACCUGAACAAGCAAUGAAGCAAUAUAUGCAAAAACUAACCACCUUUGAACACCAUGAGAUUUUCAGCUACCCUGAAAUUUAUUUCUUGGGUCCAAAUGCAAAGAAACGCCAAGGAAUGACAGGUGGGCCGAACAACGGUGGCUAUGACGACGACCAAGGAUCAUAUGUGCAGGUGCCCCAUGAUCAUGUGGCUUACAGGUACGAAGUCCUGAAGGUCAUCGGGAAGGGAAGCUUUGGCCAGGUGGUCAAGGCCUAUGACCAUAAAGUCCACCAGCAUGUGGCCCUCAAGAUGGUGCGGAAUGAGAAACGCUUCCACCGGCAGGCGGCGGAGGAGAUCCGAAUCCUGGAACACCUGCGGAAGCAGGACAAGGACAACACCAUGAACGUCAUCCACAUGCUGGAGAAUUUCACCUUCCGCAACCACAUCUGCAUGACGUUCGAGCUGCUGAGCAUGAACCUCUACGAACUCAUCAAGAAGAAUAAAUUCCAGGGCUUCAGCCUGCCUUUGGUUCGCAAGUUUGCCCACUCGAUUCUUCAGUGCUUGGAUGCUUUGCACAAAAACAGAAUAAUUCACUGUGACCUUAAGCCCGAGAACAUUUUGUUAAAGCAGCAGGGGAGAAGCGGUAUUAAAGUGAUUGAUUUUGGUUCCAGUUGUUACGAGCAUCAGCGCGUCUACACGUACAUUCAGUCCCGUUUUUACCGGGCCCCGGAAGUGAUCCUCGGGGCCAGGUAUGGGAUGCCCAUUGAUAUGUGGAGCCUAGGCUGCAUUUUAGCCGAGCUCCUGACAGGUUACCCCCUCUUGCCAGGGGAGGAUGAAGGGGACCAGCUGGCCUGUAUGAUUGAACUGUUGGGCAUGCCCUCCCAGAAACUGCUGGAUACAUCCAAACGAGCCAAAAAUUUUGUGAGCUCCAAGGGCUAUCCCCGCUACUGCUCGGUCACGACUCUGUCUGAUGGCUCUGUGGUUCUCAAUGGAGGCCGUUCCAGGAGGGGGAAACUGAGGGGCCCACCUGAGAGCAGAGAGUGGGGGAAUGCACUGAAGGGGUGUGAUGAUCCCCUUUUCCUUGACUUCUUAAAACAGUGUUUAGAAUGGGAUCCUGUGGUCCGAAUGACCCCUGGCCAGGCUUUACGGCAUCCCUGGCUGAGGAGGCGGCUGCCGAAGCCUCCAACCGGGGAGAAGACCGCGGUGAAACGGAUAACCGAGAGCACUGGUGCUAUCACGUCGAUUUCCAAGUUACCUCCACCUUCUAGCUCAGCUUCCAAACUGAGGACUAAUUUGGCACAAAUGACAGAUGCCAAUGGGAAUAUUCAGCAGAGGACAGUGUUGCCAAAACUUGUUAGCUGAGCUCCAAAUCCCCUGAUGCUGGUAAUCUGAAAGAUACGACAUUGCUGAGCCUUACUGGGUUGGAAAGGAGAAGCUCAGACCUGUUUUUAUUUGCUCAAUAAUUUUACUCAUUUGUAUCUUUUCAGCACUUCUUUUAAUGUAAGAAAGUUGUUCAUUUUGUUUUUAUAAACUACAUGGGGACAGUGCUUUAAGUUUUUAUACUUUCUGAAACUUUUGUGUUCUAAAAGUACGAUGAGCCUUACUGUAUUUAGUGUGGCAGAGUAAUAAACAUCAGUGGCAGGCCAUUGAUUACUUCAUGACUGCCGCAUAUUUACA